UCCCUUUAACUUUUGUGUGUGUGUGUGUGUGAAGGUGGAGAAGGCACGGAGGGAGAGAGGGGGGUGUCUAGACUCGGGGAAAACAGUGCGUGGACUCCGGCAUGCGGGGCUGAAUAAACUCGGCGGAGCUUGCACAUUUAUGUGGAUUAAAUAGAAAUCGCCUCCUCCUCCUCCUCCUCCUCCUCCUCCUCUUUUCAUCCCUCCUCCUCCUCUCCAUCUCCAUCUCCUCUCCCUCCCUCCCCUCCCCUUUGCUAAUUUUUUAUGCAUUUUUCUAAACUGUCAUGGCGAUUUUGUGUCCUUGGAAAUAAAAAAAAAGCAAAAAAAAAAAAGCGGCAGUGUGUUUUCGGGGGCUUCUCACCCCCGGGAGGAGGUAGAGAUGUGCCGCCGGUGAAGGGAGCGUGUGUGUCCGCCGCGGAGGGAAGCAGAUGCAGUGAAGGAAUAGAAGAUGAAAAUACACAAGAAGGACAAGCAGCAGAUGUUCACUGGUCUCCUGAAGCACACGCCACCUCCGGCCUCCGCUGCAGCAGCCUCCUCCUCUGCCUCGGACCAAAACAGCAACGCACAAACCACAGUUCCCACAAUCCCGCGGGGACACCUGGUCGUGGGCCCCAAGGACCAGCUCCGCCUCCUCACCCCCGUGGGCAGCACGGCGACGUCCAAUCACUGCACAGUGGCCGGGGCCCACGCCUCUAAGCACUCCGGAGGAGCCCCGCGACCUCCGUCCUCCCUGAGCGAGGAGGACGAUGGAGGAGGAGGAGGCAGGGUGAAGAAGAAACGAAAGAAAAAGGACAAGAGAGAGCGGGAGAAAGGAGGAGGGGAGGGCGGGGAAAGGGAAAGCAGCAAACCAAAGAAACGAAAGGAGGAGAAGGAGGCGACGACGGUGGUUACACUGAGGAAGAGCAAGGAACCCAAGGAACCCAAGGAAGGCAGGGAGCGGAAGGAGCGUAGGACCAAGGGGAAGGAGGGCAGGAAAGAGCUGAAGAAUGUGGCAGGAGGGAAAUCGGCAGUGGCCCCCGUACCAGCUCAGGUGCCUGUUAAGGUACCCGGCAAAAGAGGGAGGAAACCGAAGGUCAAAGUCCUACCUCCUGUACCCACGAAUCAAGCACCUCCUCCUACUCCCGGCCACCUCUCUAAGGUCCAAGGGCAGGUCCAUGGCAAGAACAAUGGCCGGGCCAACAGCAAGACCCCGGUCCCCUCAGCGCCAAAACAGAGGGGCCGCAAACCCAGAGAUCCUGGCGCAGCGCCCGUGGAGAAGAAGAAGAAGGGAAAGAGGAGAAACCAGGAGCUGGCUGUCCAGGAGGGGGCGGAGAGUGAUGACACUACCUCAAUGUCAGCCCUCAACAUGGGUGGAGAGGACAGCCAAGACCCGCUGGAUAGCGCGAAGAGGCGUUCGGGCCGUCAGGUCAAGAGGAGGAAGUACAACGAGGAUUUGGACUUUAAAGUGGUAGACGACGACGGAGAGACGAUCGCAGUUCUCGGAGCCGGACGCAUCUCGGCGCUCAACGCCACCGCGCUGGCUUGGCAGGCUGAGGAACCGCCUGAGGACGAGGCCAAUAUCAUUGAGAAAAUUCUGUCUGUCAGAAUAGCCAAGAAAGAGACUUCAUCGUCAGAGGACCAAGCUGAGGAGACAGAAGAGUUUUAUGUCAAGUACAGGAAUUUUUCCUACCUGCACUGCAAGUGGGCCACUCUGGAGGAGCUGGAGAAAGAUCCCAGAAUCCACCAGAAGAUUAAACGCUUCAGGACCAAACAGGCCCAGAUGAAACACCUGUUCAGCGAGCCCGAUGAGGACUUAUUCAACCCAGACUACAUAGAGGUGGACAGAGUGCUGGAGGUGGCUGUUACCACAGAUACCGAGACGGGAGAGGAGGUGACCCAUUACCUUGUAAAGUGGUGCAGUCUCUCAUACGAGGAGGCGACGUGGGAGCUGCAGGAGGACUUGGACCCGGAGAAGAUCAAGGAGUUUGAAGAGAUCCAGAAACUGCCAGCAGACCUCAGACACAUGGAGCGUCCUCCUCCAGAAAAAUGGCAGAAGUUGGAGCGCUCCAGAGAUUACCGGAACGGAAACCAGCUCAGAGAAUACCAGUUAGAGGGCAUGAACUGGUUACUGUUCAACUGGUACAACAGAAAAAACUGCAUACUCGCAGAUGAGAUGGGUUUGGGAAAGACCAUCCAGUCCAUCACCUUUCUGUACGAGAUCUUCAGCAUGGGGAUCCGCGGGCCCUUCCUCAUCAUCGCCCCGCUGUCCACCAUCACAAACUGGGAGAGGGAGUUCCGCACCUGGACGCAUAUGAACGUUAUCGUGUAUCACGGCUCGCAGAUCAGCCGGCAGAUGAUCCUGCAGUACGAGAUGUUCUACAGAGACCCGCAGGGGAACACUAUCCCAGGCGUGCUGAAGUUCCACGGGGUGAUCACCACCUUCGAGAUGAUCAUGGCCGACUGUCCGGAGCUGAAGAAGCUCCACUGGCGCUGCGUGGUGAUCGACGAAGCCCACCGACUGAAGAACAGGAACUGCAAACUGCUGGAGGGACUCAAACUCAUGAACCUGGAACACAAGGUUCUGCUGACAGGAACUCCUCUGCAGAACUCGGUGGAGGAGUUGUUCAGCCUGUUGAAUUUCCUGGAGCCGCUGCAGUUUCCUUCAGAAAGCACCUUCCUGGAAGAAUUCGGAGACCUCAAGACAGACGAACAGGUGAAGAAGCUUCAGGCCAUUUUAAAGCCCAUGAUGUUGAGGAGGCUGAAGGACGAUGUGGAAAAAAACCUGGCGCCUAAAGAGGAGACCAUCAUAGAGGUGGAGCUGACCAACAUUCAGAAGAAAUAUUACCGAGCCAUCUUGGAAAAGAACUUCUCCUUCCUGUCCAAAGGCGCAAACCAGCACAACAUGCCCAACCUCAUUAACACCAUGAUGGAGCUCCGCAAGUGCUGCAACCACCCCUACCUUAUCACAGGAGCCGAGGAGAAGAUUCUGGAAAGCUUCAAGAAGUGUCACAGUCCAGAAGCGCUGGACUUCCAGCUGCAGGCCAUGAUCCAGGCAGCUGGUAAACUGGUGCUGAUCGACAAGCUGCUGCCCAAACUGCUGGCCGGGGGACACAAAGUGCUGGUCUUCUCCCAGAUGGUCCGCUGUCUGGACAUCCUGGAGGACUACCUCAUACAGAGACGCUACACGUACGAACGCAUCGAUGGUCGCGUGCGAGGGAACCUGCGGCAGGCGGCCAUCGACAGGUUCUGCAAGCCGGAUUCGGACCGCUUCGUUUUCCUGCUGUGCACCAGAGCCGGAGGGCUGGGAAUCAACCUGACGGCCGCAGAUACCUGCAUCAUCUUCGACUCGGACUGGAACCCUCAGAACGACCUGCAGGCCCAGGCACGCUGCCACCGGAUUGGCCAGAGCAAAGCGGUGAAAGUCUACAGGUUGAUCACCAGGAACUCGUACGAGCGGGAAAUGUUCGACAAGGCCAGUCUGAAGCUGGGUUUGGACAAAGCUGUCCUCCAAGACAUCAACCGCAAAGGAAGCCUCAACGGGGUGCAGCAGCUUUCGAAGCUGGAGGUGGAGGAUUUGUUGAAAAAAGGAGCAUACGGAGCGCUGAUGGACGAAGAAGACGAGGGCUCCAAGUUCUGCGAGGAAGACAUCGAUCAGAUACUUCAGAGACGAACUCAGACCAUCACCAUCCAGACUGAAGGGAAAGGAUCCACGUUUGCUAAGGCCAGUUUCAUCUCAUCUGGCAACAGGACGGACAUUUCUCUGGACGACCCCAACUUCUGGCAGAAAUGGGCCAAGAUCGCCGAGGUGGAGAUCGACUCCAAAUCCGAGAAGGAGUCGUUGGUGAUCGACACGCCUCGGGUGAGGAAGCAGACCCGUCACUACAACUCCUUCGAGGACGACGAGCUGAUGGAGUUCUCGGAGCUGGACAGUGACUCAGAGGAGCGGCCGUGUCGGACUCGGCGCCUGGGCGAGCGCGCCCGCCGGUACCUACGCGCCGAGUGCUUCCGGGUCGAAAAGAACCUGCUCAUCUUCGGAUGGGGUCGGUGGAAGGACAUCUUAAAUCACGGGCGGUUUAAAUGGCACCUGGCAGAGAGAGACAUGGAGGUGAUCUGUCGGGCUCUGCUGGUUUACUGCCUGAGACACUACAAAGGUGACGACAAGAUCAAGAGCUUCAUCUGGGAUCUGAUCACACCCACCAAGGAAGGCCAGGACCAGGCGCUGCUCAAUCACUCUGGUCUAUCCGCUCCGGUUCCUCGGGGUAGGAAGGGGAAGAAGAUGAAGAAUCAGCUGAGCGUUUCUGAGGUGAAGAACGCUGACUGGCUGGUCAACUGUAACCCUGAGGUGGUGCUACAGGAUGAGAGCUACAAGAAACACCUCAAACAACACUGCAACAAGGUGCUGCUGAGGGUGCGGAUGUUGUACUACCUAAAGGUGGAGGUUUUGGGAGAGGCUGCCAGUCAAGCUCUAGAGGGGAUUCCUGCCAGUAAACUUGAGGUGCCACUACCCGACAUCGACUACAUAGAGAUUCCAGCUACGUGGUGGGAUGCAGAAGCUGACAAGUCUCUGCUCAUAGGAGUCCACAAACACGGCUACGAGCGGUACAACGCGAUGCGUGCAGAUCCAGACCUGUGUUUCCUGGAGAGAGUGGGAAUGCCAGACGUCACAGCGCUGUCUGCUGAACAAGGAGGAGGGGAGGGGGUCCCCGACAUGGCUGACAGCGUGUGCAAAACUGAGGAGGCGAAGGACGACGCUGAGAGCAAAGCUGACGGAGGGGAGGACAGAGACGAGAGCAGCAAGGGAGAGGAAACCUGCUCCAGCACAGAUACCUCAGACAAGCCUGACAGCACAGGUCCAGACUCCCAAAUGUCAGCUGACUUGUGCGGCCAGGAUGGAACAUUGGUCACCACGACGACAGUGGGAACAGGCACCGGCGUCGCGGCCCUCCACGUUGUCCAAGCCCGUCCCCUCUGGCCCACUGGCCCCGCCCUGACGGCGCGCAUACGACGGCUGAUCAACGCCUACCAGCGAUUCACCCUGCGCCGCGAGCCGAUGCUCAGGCACGACUACCUGCUUCACGACGGCCUCGUCGGCAUGGGGAUCGGAGGAGCCGGAGCCGCUCACACUGGUCAUCACACGGGGGGGCCGCUGGCGUGGCAACUGGGUGAAGAGCUGAGGAGGUGUUCUGUGGUCGCCACAGAGCCCGACCCUUUGUUUCUGGAGUGGCAGAGAAGGUGGACUCGUCGAGAGCAAGCAGAUUUUUACCGCACUGUGUCGUCGUUCGGGGUGGUGUACGACCCCGAGAGGAAAUCCUUCGACUGGUCCCAGUUCAGAGUUCUGGCCCGACUGGAGAGGAAGACGGACGAGAGUUUGGAGAGAUAUUUCAACUCUUUUGUCAACAUGUGUCGGACAGCCUGCAAACUGCCUCCGAGGAAGGAAGAAGGGUUGGUCGAUCCAGCUGUGCUCGUGGAGCCUCUGACAGAAGAGAGAGCUGCCCGGACUUUAUAUCGUAUCGAGCUGCUGCGAAAGAUCAGAGAGCAGGUUCUCCGUCACCCUUUAAUCUCGAACCGCCUCCAGCUGUGCCGCCCCUCCCUCUACCUCCCGGUCUGGUGGGAGUCUGGCAAACACGACCGCGACCUCCUCAUCGGGGCGGCGCGCCACGGCUUGAGCCGCACCGACUUCUACAUCCUCAACGACCCCCAGCUGAGCUUCCUGGAGGCUCACAGGAACUACGUCAGGGGACACCCCUCUCAUCUUCAUCCUCAAAGUCAUCACCCUCACCAUCCGGGCUUGGCCACUCAUCCCGGCAUCACGUCUUCAUCCUCCUCUUCCUCCUCGUCUCAUCAGCUGCCUCACCCUCACUGCUGUCUGUACGACUCGGGUCUCGGUCGACACUCACCUCAGCCUCCGGAAUAUCCCCACCAGUCCUCUCACCACCACCAUCAUCACCACCACCAGCAUCACCCUGUGCCUCCAUCGGCUCCCUCUCCUUCCUCCUCCUCGUCCUCCUCCUCUCACCCACACCUCCACCCUCCACCACUGGAUGCCCACAAUUCUUCCUCGCCGAGUCUGGGAAUAGUUGCUGGGUCGCGGGGAGAUUUCCUCGACUGUCCUCCCUUGGAUGAAACUCUGGAGCUGGGUUCGCUGCACCACGACGCCAUGUCGGCAGAUGCUUUACACGGAGGGAAGGCCUCCAAAGAUGCACUCAACGGUUUCCCGUUCAACUCGGCUGCAGGAGGUCAAAGCAUGCUCAACUCGUACGGCGUCGGGGGAACAGACCUCGAUUCAAAGCUAAGGAGUGACGUGCUUGUUGGCGAGCAGGGCUCCUCGGAGGAAACCGGCCUGAUGGCACCAUCAGUGGAGCUGGAUCAGUUACAGGCGCCCUGGGACGGUACGGACCACUCCAGCCCGGCUCACCACAUGUUCAAUGAAUCCGAUCCAAUCCUGGGUCCUUCCACUCUGGAGGCUGGCUUUCUGGAGGAGGAGGACGAGGAGGCACAGGGUGGAGACAGAGGGCAGGAGGAAGGUGGAACUUUGGAGGAGUGUUUGGGCCUCCCGCCCUCAUCUUCUCCUUCCCACCCGUCCGCGGGAGACUCCGUGGAGCCGCUGUCCUCGAGUUACAUGCUCUUCAAGGACAUCGGCGUGAGCGAGGAACCCAGCGCGGAUCAGACCGACCUGUCGGCGAGUCCCCCUCCUCCCUACGUCCCGCCUCCUCCCCUCUCCCUGUCUGACAUCACUGCCCACGAGCCGCAGGACAGGCUGGGCCACUCCGAUGUCGCAGAGAGCCUGACCAAUCCUGUGGAGGAAGGAGAGGGCCAGGAAGGAGGCGCUGGGUUCGAGUUUGACGACAAGGAGGAAGACGAAGUGGAAGACCUGUCGACGGUGACCGCGGAGCAGAACAAAGAAAGUCUGGAAGCAGAGGAGUGUGAGACAGACCAAGGUGCAGACCAAAGUUUGAGAGUCUUGAAUACACCUAUGGAGGUACCACAGAUGGACGGGAUAGAACCAGAGCCGGGCCCCGAAGAACAGGACGAGAGGAUGGAGGUUUCAGACCAACUGUCUGAAGACCUGCGGGAGAGCUUUGACCAAGCAGAGCAUAAAGAGGAGUUACCGCAAGACGUGCACCCUUAUCUUGGGAAGCUGGAGCAGGAGGGUAGCCUUGGGUGUCCAGUGUCCAUUGAAGAGCCUGGGGAGGAAGUGGAUGGGUUGAUUUUGUAUCAAACAGUGGAGGAAGAGACGAUGGAAAACUCUCUUGACACCGAUACGUUGAUGGGGAACGCAACUGAGGAGUUUGUUCACGCGAGAGGAAUUCCAGAAAACUCCAGAGAGGAUCUGGCGGAUCAAGUGGACGAGAUCUCCGAAGGUGGGAUGGAUCACGUUCCUCUCAUGGACGUUCCAAUGAUUCAACCCUGUGACGAAACGGCAGAGAAGGCUGUGAAACAGCUCAACGCCAAACCCAAUGAGAUGGAGCUAGAGAGCAUUUACUCUGAAUACGCACAACCCUCCUGCCCUUCUGCUUCCGUCUCAUCCCCAAGGGUCGCGUCUAAGUCCGAUGAAAGCACCUCAGAGAGCGGCAGAGUCAAAACUGAAGUCUCCAUGGAUCAGGACGACUUUCAAGGUACAGGUGAAGAUCUGACUUUACCCGAUGGCAGCAGAGACUGUAAGAAUGGAGCUUUGACGUUCUCCUUUCAUCAGGACAACAAAGAUAAUCUGCUUGAACAAAAUGAAAUCAAAAUUGCCCCAACUCUACCUGCAAACAGUAUUGACACGAAGCCAACUGAUCUUAAGUUUUCUCUUUUACCAGACAGCGGCGCUGAGAAGAAACCACUGCAACUGGAGCUGCCAAUCAAGGUAGAAGAGACCAAGACAGAGACUGCUGAGGACGUCUAUCCUGACAGCUCUGAAGUCAAACAUGGGAAAUUCUUUUCCUACGUUGUUUUGUCAGAAGACUUGGUGACCAAGGCCGAGCAGUUAGACUAUCCUGUCAAACCAGAAACACAGGAGACCAAACCUGAAGAUCUCAGCCUUCCCAUGAAGCCUGAGAGGUUAGACAGUAAACCUGAAGUCCUCCAGUUCGCAGCCUACUCAGAUGGCGCCGAAAUCAAACCUGAAGCAAAACCAGUAGUUCUCGGGUUUGUCGCUUAUCCGGACGGAGCCAAGCUCAAGACGGAAACAAAGCCAGACGGUCUGGAGUUCACAACCUACCCGGACAGCUCUGAGAUCAAACCGGAGGCCAAGCCAGAGGGCCUCGAGUUCAGAGCUUUACCCGAGAUCAAAGCUGAGACGAAGCAAGAGCUGUUGGAGGCGGACAGCACGGUCCUGACCCCGAAGCUGGAGCAGGUCGACGGGCUGGUGGACACUUCGGGAAGUCUGGUGGUGAAAGGCCAAGUGAAGGAGGAGAGGCCGACUACGCCAGUGACCGUGGUGGAAGGUUACGUGAGCAGCCCGAGGUUCGCAGCUCCCAUUUCCAUCUGCGAGAUUCCCGACAGCCUCCACGACACGAGGGAGCCGACCAUCGCUCAGCUGUUACAGGAGAAAGCACUUUACUCGUUUUCCGAGUGGCCGAAGGACCGGGUCAUCAUCAACCGCCUGGACAGCAUCUGCCACGCCAUUCUGAAGGGGAAGUGGCCUUCAUCGAGCGAGCAGUACGACUCGCCCGGCUCCCUGGCCGCCAACUCCUGCCUGGCCAACAGUUUAGCCCAACACCAGCACCACAGAACACAGGGAUUUCUCCCCACCACGGCCGCGAGCACCGUGUCGGGUCAAGCCAGAGUUCAGCAGGCGAGCCCCGCGCUCGGGUUCUCCAUCCCUCCCCCUCUCACAAGACUACCCAAGUACAUGCAGCGGGGCGGGGCAUGCGGGCGCGGAGCUUGGCGCCUCACCUCCUUGCCUCUCUUACAGGAGAGGCUCGUGGCUCCUCCCUAUCUCCCCGAGCUCAAACGAGCGGGAGGUCGGAGGUCUUUCGACUAUGAAGCUGCCGCAGCUGCAGCCGCCGCCAAGGUUUUAGCCGGGAAAUCGGCAACGUCGUGCCAUACCGCCGUCACCACGAGCUCCGGCAGUGCUGCUCCGGUGGUGGCCCCGCCCUCACACCGGAGUACCGGAGCCAUGUUGAUUAAUGGCUGGCAAGAAACGGCCAUUGAUCUAACAAAGUCGUCCGGAGAAAUAAGCACCACCAGCAGCGUCGGGGCAGGAGAAGCUGUGGUUGCACCGGUAAUCGGCCAACAACACGGGGCCGGUGCUGGCAGCAGUCAUAAGCUGCCGCCGCCACCCCCCAUCACAGCGCCGCUGACAGGCUCCGUGGGAAUAGACAUGGCCGGGAUACUGCAGGCCGGCCUCAUCCAUCCUGUAACGGGGCAAAUAGUUAACGGGAGCCUGAGGGGAGAUGACUCACUGAGGAGGAGGAGAGGCAGGAGGAGAAACGUUGAAGCUCUGUACUCUGAGUUCACCAAGGGCAGAGGACUGCACCUCCCAGAGACACAGGGCCGGGUGGAGGUGAUCAGCCACUCCUCCGUCUCCUCCUCCACCUCCUCGCCGUCCCCGUCUCCUUCAGAGCGACCCGCCGGACCACCCACACCGUCCUCCUCUUCUACGCCCACCCCGACCCAAACGCCUCCUCAGCCGGAGAUCAUCGCCAUCGACAGAGAGGCGGCCAGCAAAGGUCUGAUCGAGUGGCUGAGACAGAAUCCGGGAUACAGCAUGGAUCUCCCCGCGUUCGCUCACUCUGGAGCAGGUCUGUUACACGGUUUCGUGGAGCGUCCUAAGCAGAGGAGGCAUCGCUGCAAAGACCCCACCAAGCUGGAUAUCAACUCUUUGACGGGAGAGGAGAGGGUCCCUGUUGUGCACAGAGGCACCGGACGCAGGCUUGGUGGUGCUAUGGCUCCGGCCAUAAAGGAACUGUCCAGGUGGCUGGAUGCCAACUCGGAGUACUAUGUAGCUCCAGACUGGGCUGAUGUGGUCAAACACUCUGGUUUCCUCCCUGAGGGCAUGUUCACCCGGAUCCUGACAGAACCAGUCAACAGAGACCCGGGUUCUCGGCGCCGCGGACGGCGGCCUCGCAACGAGAUGCCCAAGCCCCUCCUGUCCGUCUCUGAGUCCGCCACGUCCAGCCUCGGCCCGCCGCUCUUCAUGAACGGUGGAUUAAUCGGCAGCAUGGACUCCAUGGUGGCCAUGCAGAACCUCCGCGGAGGAAUACCUGGAAUUCCCAUCUCCGGUAUCAUGGCGGCUGGAUUCCCGCACGGCUUCUCCGCGGCCGUCCAGGCGAGCGGAGCUGGGGCGUCGGCGGAAGAUGCCAAGAACGGGUUGAGUAUGCUGCCCAUGAUGCUGCACGGCAUCCCGCACCCCCACGGGGCUGCGAUCCCUCAACACGCCUUGUUUAGCGUCGGCGCAAUGAUGACGCACGCGCCGCCACCUCCUCACCCCAGCUCCUCCUCCUCUUCUUCAUUGUCCGCCGCAAAGGUCACCACGACGACCGCACCAUCUACAACUGAGGCGGCCAGCCCCUCGUCGACGACGCCUGCUGAGAGAGAGAGCGCCGCCUCCUCUGGCUCUGGCGGAGGUGAGAAGGAGAAGAGCCGGGAGGAGAAAGGAGCAGCGGAAGCCAACAAAAGACCAGGAGGGGCGGAGGCAGCAGCCAUCAUUACCUCCACCAGCAGGGCACAUCUCGGCUCUGCGCAUCUCGGAGCCGGCACUGGCAGCCAUCUUACCUUCAACCCCUUCCUCAUCCCGGGCAUGUCCCACGGCCUGCUGUACCCGCACAUGUUCUUGCCGCACGGUGGCAUCAUGGCGCUGCCCGCUAUGCCUCCUGGUGCUGUGGACGGCUCCCCGGGCAGCCCCAAGAGGAGGAGGAAGAGAGGGCGGGAGGAGGGGGAGAGAGAGGAGGAGAGGGAGAAGGCAGCGAUGGGAAAGGUCGAGGAGAAAGAAAGUACAGUUAAAGCUACUGUUGCCUCCCACCCGGCCUCCUCCUCAUCUCCCUCCGUCCCCUCUACCUCGGCUCCAGACCCGGGCCUGUCUCCGACUGAAGAGCCCCAGACUGGGCAGGGAGACGGAGAGGAUGGGCCCGUGGAGCCCCAGGAACCAGACUCCCAUAACCAUCUCGAGGGAGCGGCGACAGAGGAGAAGGAGGAAAGACUGGAGGACACAGGAGGGGAGGCAACGGAGGAGGAGGAGAAGCAGGACACUGAGGAGCAGAGACAGGUGGAAGGAGAGGACGCGUAGAGGAGGAGAAAACUGCAGAGAGGACAGAGAGACAUCCACUUCCUCCUCCUCCUCUCCUCCUGUCUCCUUCGUCGCUCUCUUUCUCGACUGAGCAACAGUGUAAAGUUUGUGCCGUGUCUGUCAGUCAAUGUCCAUGUAAAGACUUUUAUUAUGAUGAUGACUAAUAAUAACGAUGAUGAUUAUAUUCACCUCGGUUAUGUUUAUAUACCAAGACCCCACCCACCCUCCCUGCUCCCUCCUUGUAUACAAAAAAAAAAAAAAAACUAGUGUAAGAAACGAUCUUCUGUGUAUUCUUCCCCUUCAUUCUGCAUCCAGACUGAGUCGGGAGGGACAUUUCUCAACACAAACACACACACACACACACACACACUGUGUGCGGCUUUGGCUCAAAGGUGGUCCAAGAUGAUCUGUCGCAAAAAAAACAAAAAAAAAGGGUUCGGACAAGCGGCUUCGGUUUGGUGUUUUUGCACGAGGAUGAUGAUGAUGAUGAUGUUGUUGUGGCGUAGCUGUCAGAGGUGGUUUCCCCCCUAAAGCCGUUUCAAAUUUCUCACCACAGUUUGGGAAUUCAGAGAAGCUGAAAGCAGACGAGCACUUAUGUGUUUUAUGUUCACGGUUUCAAGAAAUCGAGCUUGUUUUGUUUUGUUUCUUUACGUCUGGCACACUCCACCUUUUUAGGAUCAUCAAUGUUCAAAAACCUGCAGGCUAGAUUAACCAGGAGGUGCGUCUUGGUGACACUCAAGAGUCUGAACCAGCAUUCCCAAACACAUGACACUAAAAGGCUUUUUUUCCUAGAGGAAUAUAAAACAUGAACCUAAUAUGCAAGACAGAAACAGACAUACUUUAAAAACCUCCAAAUCUGUGACUGUAAUAUUGACUGAAAGCUCCAAAAACAGGUUAAUUAAUCCCAGGCAUAUCUUAACUGUAAGAUAGCGUUGUCUGCCAGCUCCCCCCCGCGUUUUAGAUACCGUCAUUCAUGAUACUUUUUUUCCACUAUCACUUUAUUUUUAUCAAUGCUAUGCCAUUGCUGCUAUAACUUCUUUUUUUAAAAAGAAGCCGAGGGAGUUAAAAUGUCUUUAACUCUUCACACUAGAAUAAUAAAUCCAGAUUCCAAGAAUUGGAUUCAGAACAAAACAUGCCGCCUUCUCAUGAGCUUUCAUUGAUAAAAAGCAGAGAACAAUCACGAGAUCCAUUUGUUUUGUUUUAGAUCAUGUUUUGUUUUUUUGUUUUUUUUAAAGGAUUUCCCUUCAAGUGUUUAAAAACCUAAUCAGACGUUAAUGACAGACAGGAGCUCACUCAGGCCAGCAGAGGGCGCUAUGAGGCAGAUUUAAGUGUAUCCUCUCCUGGAAACACUGGUGGGAGGGAUUGUGGGAGUUUUUUUUUAAUUUCCUGGGGUUUGUUUUUAGUCCCAAAUUGAAUUAACUUACAGCAAAUCAACGGAAACAGUGGCUCAAUGCGAAUUGUGCAAAAUGUGACUGCUGCAAAACGGUUUCAAUCAUGACCUGUAGCAUCAUGUAUGUCAUGUUUUGUUUUGUUUUGUUUUUUGGGCCAUUGAUUUUCUUUUUUUUUCCAGUGUUCUGUGUUUAGGAAGAUUAUAUCUGCGCGUCCAGUGAAAGGGAAUCUUCUGUUUUUCGUAAUGAGGAGCAGAUAAAACAGGAAGAGGAGGGAUGCAAACUGUACAAGUGUGAAACACUUUGGUUGAGUGCCUCGUCGUUGCUCUCUCUCUGUUUCCUUUCUUUUCCUCAGAUUAGUUUUAAUAGCAGUUCAUACUAAGAGUUUCUAAAUAUGUAAAUCUAUCGCUGUAUAUUGCUGUUUUUUUUUUGUUUUUUUUGGUGCACCAUUUAUUUCUUUCACCGUUUAUUUUGUUUCUCCGUUAGUUUAAAAAAAAAGAGAAAAAGAAAUACUUGACAAAUGCGAGGGGGGAUUUUUUGCAUUGAGGUUAGUCCCAGUGUUUUCUGUAUCAAACAGACUGUACUGUACAUUAAAUGGAUGCAAGUCGCUGGUUUUAUUCAGUCUUUUUCAGAACAGGGUCUGUAUUUUGGGGGUUUUAUGUCACAAUGUUUCUGUUUAUGACGUUGGACUUCACUUUUGUUUUUUGUUUUCAUACAUGAAAACAUUAUUUUUGCACAAUGUCUUUUUGUGAAUGUUUAACCUGUUUCUGUACUGUCGUGUAUUUCCUUUAUAUGUGUGUGUGAGUGCGUGAGAGAGUGCGUGACAGUGUGCAUGCAUGCGCACACGUUUUGUUGUGGAGCUGUUUUCUUCUUCUCGUCUCGUCCUUACAGGUCUCAUUUCGUGUCGGGGGGGGGG